AUGCAAAAUUUAUUUUUUGAACCAGCACAGACUGCAGUUAAACAAUAUGAAUUUUGUCAAGUUCAUAGAAGAGAAGAAAUAAUUAUUUCUUAUGGGAUUGAAAAAGAAUAUCCAUUACAUUUAGAUUUUACAAUACUACCUAAUCGGGUUAGAAGUUUAAAAGAUGAGCUGCUAAAAAUUAUAAAAGAACAACAGUAUAGUGAAUAUCAUGUAAAUGCAGUUAAAAAAAUUCAAGAAAUGGGAGUGUCAAAAGCCAAUAGCUCAUUACUACAAAUUAACUAUUUCGAGUUAUCUCAACUUAGGUAUUAUGGAACCAAAGGUCUAGCCAUUAUUUUAGAAACUUUGACUGAAAUACUUAUUGUGGAGAACUUUAAUAAUAUUUCUUUAGAUACAGCAAAAAAAAUUAUAAUUGAUAGUAUUGAAUUUGAACUGUAUGUUUAUGAUAAUGAUGAUAACACUGAAAAAUAA